AAACAUGGAAUUGACAAUGACAUUAGAUUUAACUCGAAAAAAAGUUAAAACAGCGUCUUUCGUAAUCUAAUUGUUACAUUCUUCUACCGAUAAAAUAAAUAAAAAACUGAAUCAUGAAUACAGUUAAACGUGUAUCUCCUUUAUUUAAUUAUUUAAGAUCUAGAAGCGUGGCUCCUAUCAUUGCCCGAAGCGCUUCGGACACGGAUGUUGUUACACAUACUGGCCAACAAUGGGAACCCAAUGACUAUAGACUUGUUCGAUUCAUGAAUGCACCAAAACAAGUCAAUCCUAAUUGGUCUGUUAAUUUAAUUGCGGCAGUUCCUCCCAAAGAAACAACCAAACGAGUGGUGUGGUGUGAUGGAGGCGAUGGUCCAGAAGGCCACCCUAGAGUCUACAUCAACCUGGAUAAACCUGGAGACCAUGCCUGUGGUUACUGUGGUCUACGUUUUGUAAAGAUUGAUGAUGGUUGCCAUUAGACAAAGUACAAACACUGGAUACAGUCAAUCAGUUAAUUUAUGUUUAUCAUGUAGAUCAUGUUAUUUUGAUUCCUAUGCUAUACAUGGGUAUUUAAAAAUUAAAUAAAGUUGUUUUUAUAAUAA